AUGGCAACCCCUUCAUUCUUGAUUUUCCUCUUUGUUCUUGCUCUAUCACACCUUGUAUCAUCCAACAACAACAACAAUGACACCACUCCACUUACGUAUGAUGAUGACGUGAUGGUAUCGGCAAUGCCAUGGGCAGAUACAGGAAUACCAGCUUCUUCCAACAUUGCUUUGGACAACAAACACGAGCAACAUGAGCGACAACCCGACAUCCCUUCAUGCAAUGACAAGCAACAUGCUUCUUCCAUUCAAGGCCGACGUCCACGCAUUGCUGUCAUUUCGCACGAUUCUGCCAUGGCUUCGUUCUUCCAUCAGCCUGAGCAAGGUGCACGUGAUGCUGCAGCGAUUACUGAUAUACACGUCGAGUGGAACAGACAUCUUGUGAACACCGGUAGUAAAAUGACCAAGGAUAUCCAGACGGCCGUAGACAAUCGAGUUGACGGCAUCAUUCUCACGAUCCCCAAUGAUCAAGUCUUUGAAGCAACCCAAUACGCUCUUGAACAUGACAUCCCAGUCCUUGUUUUCAACACCGGCCUUGAUUACGCUAAACGUCUUGGAUUGACACGUGUAUUGCAAGAUGAUCAUGAGGCAGCAACCAUGCUUGGAAGAGAGUUACGUGAUCGAGGCUAUCAACGACCUUUGGUGAUUCAACUCGGUGAUUUGGAUAAUGCAACGUUCUACCAUCGAUUCGAUAGUCUACAAACCGUCCUGGAUCAUCAAGCAGUGCUACUGCCCCUGCAUGAUUACAACAAUACAGCUCAGCCCCUGAUUCAGGUUCGUGAUACGUUCUUGUCCAAUGGUACCUUUGAUUCGGUCGUGUCACUAGGAGGAUCAAUUGGUGUGGAUAUUGUUGCAGGUGCUGUGCUAGAUCUCUUGGCAAGCGACUCUUUGGAACGGAUUGGGGCUGCCUUUUUCGACAUUGGUGGAUCGAACAUGACGAGGUUGUUUGCCGAGCAUCAAGAUACCAUUGGCAUAUCGCAACUUCCUUAUUAUCAGACAGCGCUUCCAGUGUUUUACAUGUAUCUUCGAAUUAUGACGGGCCAUGAUGUUUUUAUGAAUGAGACGAUCAAGACAGGUCCCAAUCUUAUUACCAAUGAUACGCUACCCUACAUUCUCGACAAUGAGCAGACAACAUUGGUGCCUUUGAAUGACAGGACAGCUUAUGUGGGAGCCGUUGUACCCAACACAAGAGGAGAUACAUAUGGAUCUGGAUUGAUGGCAGGAGCAGGAGAUCUUGCACGCAAGCUCAAUUGGACUAUUUUCAAUCAAGACAUGGGCGACUACUUGGGCCAUCCACAUCAUCUACGACAAGAGCUAGCGAGCUUUGCUAAGCAAGGUGUCAAUGGUAUUAUCCUUCAAUCCAGUGAUCCCUCCGUUGUCAACUAUGGUGCAUCUAUCACAAACGCCAGCGAGUUGCCUCUUGCCCAUGUUGGUACCUUUUUUGAGCCGAUUCAGUUAUCCAAACCGAUGGAAUCCUUUAUCGCCGUCGACAAGAAAAAGCUUGCAUCUUCCGUAGCACAAGUGAUGAUUGAGGAUAAGGUCAUGUCGCCAGUAUGUCUUUCAGAACGCACAACCAGCAAGGAAAGCGACUUUUGUCAUUUCUUUUAUGAUCAAUUUCAGCAGCAACGCUCGACUCCUAAUCUCGACUCGAAUAAUGUGGUGCAUAUCAUCAACAUUUCAACGCCCGAGACCAUGGAUAUUGAAUUUGAAAGAGUCCUCGCCACAUUACAUUCCAGAGAAUACAUAGCAGACGCCUUUGUCACGUUUUCAGAAUAUGCAUUUCAAAUGAUUAACAAUCGUGUGAUGAAGGGUUACAUGAGCAACACUACUCGCUUAUAUACUUCAGCCGACUUGUAUGAUCAAGUUCAAGCAUUCUUGCAAGGGCGCAUCAAAGCCAUGUGGUCUAUGAAUCUUUUCUCUAUGGGAUUCCUUUCAUCACUCGACAUUUUGUUUGGAAAGACGAUACAUCAUCAACCAUGGCGAUACACCAAAGUGAGCGCGUCACGAAUCACGAGCAUUUGUCCCCCUGGCCAAUUUUAUCGUACACUGUCAAAGAGCUUGUAUUGCUUGGAUAAUGCAAAUCAUACUCAGACAUCCCUUCAAUGCCAUCCUUGUCCCGUUAAUACUUACAACAACCAAGUCGACCAGCCAGCAUGUACCGAAUGCCCCUAUGGAACAUUUGCAUUACCGGGAUCAAUAGCUUGUGCAUUAUGCAGCAGUGACAAAGCAGGUCGCAAGAACCCCAAUUGCCUUCGCUAUACAGCCGACAAAGAUGCCGCGCGUAAAAGGUUGCUCAUGGGCGUGCUGAUUCCUAUUAGCAUUAUCGCAUUCGCUGCUGUCGUAACCGCCAUUGCAUGGACAUGUCGCAAGCGUAUACGUAAACAGAGCCGUCUAUAUGAUCAGGAUUGGAUGCUCUCUUAUCAGGAUCUUGUGGCACCUCAUCCAACGACUGUGCUCGCCACCCCGCCUGUGCGAAGUUGCUCAGCAGAAGAUAUAUUUGCUACAGCUACAAACAACACCUUUUACGACAAGGAAAAGAUUGGAUCAAGACCAGCCGUGUUACAGCAACGUGGAUCACAACGACGCAGCACCAUCUCCCGAAUGGAUACACCCAUCGCUACUACAAUACCAAGGCAUCAUCACUUGGCAGCUGCAAACACCAACAGCGUAUCAGAUCCCGAUCUUAUCAUGCAAAAAGAGAUGCUUGGAUUAGCAAGACCAAAAUCACAAUGCGAUGAAUCCUCCUGCCACAAAACACAAAAGCACAUGGCGUAUACCGUUGGAUCGCAUCGCAAUCUACCUGUGCUGAUAAAACCACUUGGAUUCAAACGCUUACGGGUGUAUGAUGAUGUGAGGAAGGAAGUUGCUCUCAUGAAGGAAGCAAGACAUGCAAAUCUCGUGGAGCUCGUUGGUCUUUGCGUGGAGUCACAUCGUACUUUGAUCGUGGAAGAAUACUGUAGCAAAGGUUCCUUAGCCGACGUCCUGGAUGACACGGAUAUCGACUUGAGCUGGAUAUUUCGCUUUUCUUUGAUAAAUGAUUUGAUCCAAGGGAUGGAUUUCUUGUACAACUCAAAGUUCCAGUAUCACGGAUGUUUGACAUCACAUUCAUGCAUGAUUACCGGGAAAUGGGAAUUAAAGAUCACCGACUAUGGACUUACACGCACUCGCAUUUCAACCCUUGAUCCAUUGACGCUUUCCUCGAUACGCAAGAACUACCUGCCACUACAAGAUUCAUCCAACACUGUCCAACCGAGAAUUGUCGAUUCUUACGAAAAGCUCUUGUGGUUAGCGCCUGAGACCGUAACGAUACUCCCAUUCGACGCCUGCGUUGCUAUGCCAACCAAGCGCUCUGAUGUUUACAGUGUUGGCAUCAUUAUGAACGAGAUUGUGAGCCGUGAAAAGCCAUUCAAGGAAUACCAAGAGCAGAGGAUGUCCCACAAGGCUAUUUUCCGCCUAAUCAGCAGUGACGACUUGAAGCCUCGCUUUGCUCAAGAUAUGGAUCAGGAUGGCUAUGCCGUUAGCAAAAUUAACAAGAUCAUCGAAGAGUGUCUCGAUCGCGAUCCCAGCAUGCGACCUUCUUUUUCAUCGCUAAAACAACGAAUCAAGGCCUUUGAUCCUUAUGGCGGUCUCGACAAUGUAGUCGACAAGAUGGCUAUUCUGCUUGAAAAGUAUGCCAAUGACAUGGAAGAGCUGGUACGAGAGCGAACAGCCAAUCUACAACAAAGAACAAUUGAGCUAGAGGAAGAAAAAGCGAGGACACAAACAUUGCUUAAAGAUCUCAAAGUGGCAAAGGAGGCUGCAGAGACGGCCGCUGCUUCAAAGCAAUCUUUUCUGGCAAACAUGUCUCAUGAGAUACGAACACCAAUGAACGCUGUGAUCGGCAUGUCACGUAUUUUGAUGGAGAGUGAUCUACCUUCGGACUUGUAUGAAUGUGCUGAAACAAUCGAAUCCUCUGGUAAUCAUCUCAUGUCUCUUAUCAAUGACGUCCUCGACUAUUCCAAGAUUGAGUCAGGGAACCUAUCACUGGAGCAGAAUCCAUUGGAUUUGACAUUUGCCAUUGAAAGUGCUAUGAAACUGGUGUCCGACAAUUUUCUUGCCAAAGGUGUGCUGCUGUGGUAUGAGGUGGAAAAAGAAUUACCUGCCCAAGUAUAUGGUGAUUUGGUACGGCUUCGGCAAAUCCUGCUCAACAUGCUUUCCAAUGCAUUCAAAUUUACCGCAUCAGGAUAUGUGUCAGUAAGAGUGUGCCGAGAUCCGGAUCAAGCUGCUACCAUUUCCAAAAAGGAAGGAGGUGAUGAGGAAUGGGUGUCCUACUUGUUUGCGAUUGAAGACACUGGCAUCGGCAUACCAAUGGAUAAGGCCGACAAGCUUUUCGAGUCAUUUUCUCAAGUGGAUGUAUCCACCACGAGGCGAUUUGGAGGAACAGGUCUUGGCUUGACGAUUAGUCGUCAAUUGGCGCGCAUGAUGGAUGGUGAUAUGUGGUUCGAAUCCAUUGUGGAUGAAGGAUCUACAUUUUUCUUUCGAGUCAAGAUGCAAAAGCAACCAAAGACCCUGACAUUUGCUGAGCAAUACAAGUUGAAUGACUUUGAGACACAUCAUGCAUUGGUGAUUGCCCAGGAUCAAACGCUUCAAACAGCAUGGAAACGUAUUUUGAACAGUCUUGGAAUGAACGACACGCAAUGUUAUACAUUUGAACAAGCGAUGGAUAUUUUGAAGGAAGAAAAAUCAACCAAUGAUGAUGGGCCGACCUUACUGCUCAUUGAUGUGGAUCUUGAGAUCAUUGAUCCUCUUGGCCCACAACCAACAACAAGCGAUAUUGCCUUGGAUGCACUUCAACGAUGGUUCCCAAGUCCUGUAUCCACCUUGCCAGCUGUUUGCAUUAGGGAUAGGCGAUCACACAGCACCGAAAACGGGUCGCAUCAUCGGCAUCCACUCAAUGCAACUGUUGCAAGAUCAGCUGUGCUUUAUAAGCCCUUUAAGAAUUCAUCCUUGAUCCACGCUCUUCAAGAUCAACUUGGAAAAGUUUCAGCAAGCGACAGCAUUACAAUUACUGAACAACAACAACAAAAACAACAACAUCUAUUGCAACCACCUACAUCACAACAAAACAGCACAUUGUCAUCACAACGACCCUUGUCUGAAUGUCUCGUCAAAGUCAAAACAUUACUUGUGGAUGACAACCCAAUCAACCGUAAAGUCGUUGCACGCAUGCUCAGCAAAUUGAAUGUUCAACCACUCAUGGCACAAAAUGGACGAGAAGCAUAUGAUUUGGUCAUCAACUCGGCAGCACAAGGACAACCUAUUGAUUUGAUCUUCAUGGAUGUAUGGAUGCCUGAGCUCAAUGGAUUGGAAGCAACGCGCAUGAUUCGUGAAACUCCGGAUACCUUGAUUGGGAAGCAACCUUACAUUAUUGCCAUGACAGCAUGUGUGAUGCCUGGUGACCGAGAACAAUGCUUUGAUGCUGGCAUGAAUGCAUACAUUAGCAAACCCAUACAAAAAGAUGAGCUUGAAGCAACCAUUCACACUUUUACCCAAGUCAUACCCAUUUCAUAG